CAUCCUGUUAGCACAAAGGAAGUCAAGCAACUAGAGCCCAGAACUCAGUCAAUUCACUGUCUACUGUAAUUAGGGCCAGAAGAGUUAAGCCAAGACAGUCUGAAGUAGUAGUAGCAGUAGUAGCUGUAAUAAUUAUAGCAGUACUCGUAGAAAUAGUUAUAGUAUAAUACAGAAAAUGUUGCAUAGGGCAGCAUCCAAUGUCUCAGAUAAGGCAAAGACCUGCAAACCCAAGCGCUCCACAAGCUUUGGUAGAUUUGACAGACACCAUUCACCGUCCAAAACAGAAGAAAAUGGACCAAAUGGGAUGAUAGAAGAGAAUGAAACUUCAGACUCAAAUAAAUCUGCUGGACUUGGGAAGAAAAUAAAAGUGAUUUCUCUGACCAUGCGCAAAAGGAUGGGCAAAAAACACAACAAGUCCCUCUCUGAAGAAACAGGGAAUGACACAGACAGAGAGGCAGAGGCAGAAAGUGGAGCUCCCAUUGAGAAAAACUCUGCUCGUUCCUUGGAGAGUCUCUACAGUGCACAGAGCUGCUCUAGUGGAGUGAGUGAGUCCGUGGCCUCUGCUCUGCGGGACAGUGUGAAGCUAGAGGAGGACGGUUCAUAUCAGGGACAGUUCUGUGGAAGAGCUCGUGUCCACACAGACUUUGUGCCCAGCCCCUACGACACAGACUCUCUGAAGUUGAAGGCUGGUGACAUUAUAAACAUCAUCAGUAAGCCUCCGAUGGGCAUUUGGACUGGCAUGCUCAACAACAAAGUGGGAAACUUCAAAUUCAUUUAUGUGGACAUGUUAGUGGAAAAAGAGGAAGAGAAGGAAGAGGAAGAACCUCCAGUGAUCCGACAGCAGAAACUGUGUAAAAGGCCACGUCCCAAAACUCUGCUGGAGUUACUGGAACGGCUCAAUCUGGAGGAGUAUGCCUCUGCCCUGCUGCUGAACGGAUACCAGACUGUGGAGGACUUGAGGCACCUUCAGGAGAAACAUUUGAUUGAACUCAACGUCAAAGACCCUGAGCACAGACUUAAGCUGCUGGCAGCUGCUGAUCUCCACUACACUGAAGAAGACGAUGUUGUGGACACAGAGGAGGAUAAAUCGACCCACAGCCUACAGGAAGAGGACAGCGACUGCCCCCGAGACUCAGGUUGCUUCAUCCCAUCUGAAUGCUCCGACACCAAAGACGAUACUGAAGGGCUCACGGAGGCAGUGAGCUCAUGAGGACUCAAAACUGAUUUGUUUACAAGGAAAACUGAAUACUUUGAAUACCACCGAAUAACAUGACAGAAGGAAGCAAGUGGCCCAAACCGCACACAAGAUUUGGUAGAACUGUCAUGUUUGUGAAUUUAAAAAAUGCUACUGAUUGGAAUCAAUUGUACAUUAUAAUUUUUUAUUUUACAUGUGUAUUUAUCUGUAUAAAUCCAUGUUUCUUAUAUAUUAUAUAUAAUUUAUCAUACUUACAUAACAUGUCGCCCAUUUAUCACUGAUUAUUUGUUAAUAUUUCUUUGUGAAUUUCCUUUUCGCUAACUAUCAUAUUAAUAUUGGGUGUAAAUAUCUUUAUAAAAAUACGAAUGUUAUUUUUUUUAAGUCUGUGAACCAGAUGUGUGUGUAUCAUUUUCUGUACAUUUUGUAAUUAACCUACAAAAUAAAAUAAAUUAUAAUGCAAUAAUUAUGUUUAUUGCUUCUGUGGGAAAUAUUAUGUGUUGGUCAUGCUAAUUCACCCAAUAUUAUGGACUUUGGAAUGACAACACGGUGGAAAACACGUAUGACUAUCUAUAGGUCUAUAUAACAUGUUUUUUCUGUACUUUGAGUGCCAUAAAGAACAUGUUUUUCUGUACUUUGAGUGCCACGAAGCAGAAAAACUGACAUAUGUGGACCCAGUGGCAUGUUCCCACCCAUGAUAAGGUGUACUGGGUCAGCAGUAUUGUUCAUUUUCUUGCUGUAUAUGCUAAAUCAACAAGUUAAUGUUUUGUCAAGAUGUAGUAUAAAGCUACCCCUGAUUUUGAGUUGGUCAGAGACGUCGUUCCGGGGUGGCAGUUGUACUUGGUAAUCAACUUGAAUCUCUCUCAAUGGAAAUGCUGAAAUAAAGUGGCCUGUUCUCUCGGA